AUGACCUGGCGCUGGUGGCAAUUCCAGUAUAGGAAUUACGUCAAGCUACACAAAAUCACGGACGGCGAAGACCAGAAAUGUCCACUCUUCGAUUCCCUGGGCGUCGAGGCUGGAGAAAUGCUCUUCUCUAUGUGUUUGCCGGCGAACCCAGACGAUUUCACCACAGCGCAAAUUGUAGACAAACUCGAACACGCCUUCGUGAAGAAGAUCAACGCUGCCACCGAGUGGGCCAAUUAUUUUAAGCUCAAACAAGAACUGGGUGAAUCCCUGUUGGAUUAUUCCAAUAAGCUUCGCCGCAAAGCCUUUCCGUGUGGUUUUCCAGCCGAUGUUCUUGAAAAGAACAUGUCGGCGACCUUUCUUAAUGGUCUCGCCAGCGACGCUGUACGGGAGCAUCUCCAGUCGAAAACGUACUCUACGUUGGAGGAAGCGCUGGAUAUUGCGGAGAACGGCCCGAGCAUCUUCCAACAAAUCAUGGAAAGGAUCCUCCAGGGGUGCGAAGGCGUCGCCAUCUAUCUGGACGACAUCAUCGUCACAGGAGCGACUGAUGAAGAGCACCUCCGGAACCUGGAGCGGGUCCUACAACGCCUUGAGGAACACGAACUCAGGCUGAAGCGCUCCAAGUGUCAGUUCCUCCAGGACUCAGUAGAAUACCUCGGGUUCGUGGUUGACAGCCGAGGCCGGCACAUCUCACGCGACCGAGUGAAAGCGCUCUUGGACAUGGACCGCCCGGCCAACCUGCUGAAAACGGGAGUGCAGUGGUCAUGGUCGAAAGAGCGCGAGUCACAGUUCCUGGCCAUCAAAGAAGAGAUAGUAAGGGCAACGUUUUUGGUGCACUACGAUCCCGAAAUGCCUCUCGUUCUGGCAGCGGACGCCUCGCAGUACGGUGUGGGCGCCGUGCUGUGCCAUCGGUUCCCGGACGGCACGGAAAGACCGAUUGCGCACGCAUCAAGGGCACUCACCGGAGCCGAGAAGAACUACGGGCAAAUAGAGAAGGAGGCUCUCGCCCUGGCCGAUGGUCUAAGCCGCCUGCCACUCAAUUCGACCGAGCUGGAUGGACUGAGCGGGCUGGGGAUGGACAGAGUGGUGAAUGAUGUGCACGGAGACAACGUAUCACGCUUGCCUGUCAAAGCAGAAGAAAUCGCCAAAGCAACCGCCGAUGACCAGGAUCUGUCCACGGUCCACGGUUACAUCCUGCAUGGAUGGCCGACCACGGUUAAUGAGCGGUUGCGUCCCUACAAACGGCUGGAGAAUGAAUUGGUGCUGAUCAACAACUGCAUCUGUUGGGGAUCGCGUACGGUAAUUCCGGUCCAGCAGCGUCGGCAGAUACUAGACUACCUGCAUGAAGCGCACAUGGGAGCCGUUAAGAUGAAAGGCGAGGCACGCGCCUAUUGCUGGUGGCCGCAGAUGGAUAAAGACAUCCAGCAGAUGUCUCGCGAGUGCCGGAUCUGCUCGGAACGCGCUAAGGAAACGGCCAAAGCACCGCUUUUGCAGUGGGAAGUGCCCGAAAACCCAUGGAUGAGGCUUCACAUGGAUUUUGCCGGUCCAUAUCACGGCACAAUGCUGCUACUGGUGGUCGAUGCCAUGUCCAAAUGGCCGGAAGUGGCGCAAAUGAAACACGCUACCUCCGAUGGCGUGUUGGAAACCUUGCGCAACCUGUUCAGUCGGUACGGCGCUUGUACCGAAAUCGUUACGGACAACGGUACCCAAUUUACGUCACAGGAGUUCGCAAACUUUCGUGCGGAACACGGGAUAAAGCAUCUCAGGACACCACCGGGACACCCACAAUCGAAUGGACAGGCGGAGCGGUAUGUCCAGACCAUCAAGGACGGAGUUGCAAAGCUCAUGGCUGACCGGAAGAACCUGUCCGACGCACUGCGGCAGUUCCUCUGGAGAUACCGUGGCGCGCCGUAUGCAACAACCGGAAAGUCCCCGGCGGAGUUGUUCCUGGGGCGGAAGUUCCGUACUCAACUCGACCUGUUGUCUCCUGUCAUGUUCACACAUACGGAGAGAAACCGUCAACGGUACCAGCACAAUUUCGACAAACGCACCAAGCGGAAGAGUUUUUUGCCUGGUGACUUGGUAAUGGUUCGAGAUUACCGCCUCAACCGAACCGUCGACUGGACCAGCGGCCGGCUGGUCAGACGUGAAGGCACCCGGAUAUGGGAAGUGUCCGUUGAAGGCGCCAUCUGGCGCAGGCACCUGAACCAGAUCCGACCGAGAUACUGGCUGCAGCCGGAUGAGCGACAGGUGGCGAAUUCCUCAGUGCCCGCGACGGUUGUACCGCCAGUGAAUACCGGAAACAACACACCCCGCGACAGCAGCGUGGUUCCCGACGCGACGCAACAGACGGAGCAAUCUGCAACAGCCACAAGCAAACAACCGGCGGUGACACCGAAAACGGAGCUGACAGUCGAACCGACCGUCACUGAGGUGACGUUACCGCCGAGUAAACCACCGAAGAAGCGCGCAAUACCACCUCCGAAACAAGAGCAACCGGAACUGCGUAAAACUGUCAGAAGUAACGCAGGCCAAAGAGUAACGCCACGAUUGAUAGAAGAUCCGAAUUUUGGUAGAUACUUAUCUGUUGUUCUGAGUGGGUUUCCCCACUGGGGGAGGUGUGAUGCCGUGCGGUAA